AUGACGAAAUCACACGACGAGCAACCGCCGAGCUACGACAGCUGCGUCGCGUCCACCUCUUCAGAUCCGCUUGAGGAGCCGGUCCUCCUCGUUCUCGUUGGGCAGAGCAUCCGCGCGGGCUCCGCGGCCGGCGCCCCGCUGUUCGAGACGAACCGGGGCGUGGCCAACCUGGGGCACGCGACGACCUGCGUGGAGCUUCGCCGCGUGGAGCGGCGCGUCGACAGCAGCAGCAGCAGCAGCGGCGGCUUGGAAGCCGUGGAGGACGCCAAAGAAUUCGGCGGCGACGACGGCGAGGCGGCGACGACGACGACGCCGCGGGUCAAGGUCCGCAGGCGGCACGUCAUGGACCUGGUGCACCCGACGGGCAAGGGCGGCACGGUGACGAGCGUGGGCGAGGCGAUGACCGGGACGCCGGGGUACUACGCGAAGCCGUGGACCAAGAUGACCUACCCGGGCGUCUGGGGGCUGAAGAAGGCGUCGUCGCUGCUGGGGAUGCGAGGGGGAGGCGGUUGGCAGGUGCUGCCGGUGAAGGAGAAGGCAAAGUACGGGGAGCCGAGGUUCGAGGAUGGCAAGGGAGGGGUAGAGGUGCUGUUCCGGGUGGUCAAGGCAGCAGGAGGGGGCUCGUAUGAGUGGAGGACGGGCGGCGAGGGGGAUGGGCGGCUGCUGGCGGUGGAGGAGCUGGGUGAGGGCGAGGGCGAGGGGGAUGAUGGGAACGGCAAAGAGCAUCGGCUGCGGACGACGACGGGCAUGGAGAGGAGCCUGAUGGACGUGCUGGUGGCCAUGUGGUGCUGCAGGAUCUGGGAGGAGUCGGCGGCGGCGCAACCGCCGGUCCACGAGGGUCUGGACAAGGGUGAGUGA